AGUCACCUUUCUAGAAUGGACACCUUCCCCAAGUGUUCUGUCUGUCAGCAGCAGUUUACCCUGAAAGGUCCAGUCCCCUACUUACUGCCCUGUCUACACGCUGUGUGUGAGACGUGUGUGACAUCUGCAGCUGGUGGUGUGAUAUCAUGCUCUACAUGCCAGAGGGAGGUCAACCUCACAGACACAAGUCUCCAGAAGGAUGCUGUGAGACAGAAGGAAAUAUUCCACCUCACAGUCAAAUAUCGCCCCACAGAGCUCCUCUGUACAAAUGACGAUGAUGGCAACCAGGCUGUGUGUUGGUGUGAGGAGUGUGAAGACUUCCUCUGUGAAUACUGCCAGAACAUGCACAGCAGCUUCAAACGUACCAGAAACCAUCCCGUGCACAAGUUUGGGGAUAUUAUUCCGCAAAAUCUUGGAAAUGAAACAAAUUGCAGUAUUCACAACCGUUAUCCACUUGAUUUGUUUGACAAAACCUGCAACAUGUCUAUCUGUGGUCGAUGUAGCAGAGGAGACCACGCGGAUCACGAGGUUGAGGAUCUGGAUGAGGCUGCUGAAGGCGUUAAACAGCGGAUUGAACAACACGGGAGAGAUCUGUCGGCGCUACUGUCUCGUCAGCAAACACACCUUCAGAGUAUCAGACAAGAUACAAAGUUAGCAGACAGGACGCAGAACCCAUUGAGAGAGACAAUAGGACAUACGUUCCAGUCUUUAAGAUCACAGCUUGACCAAAGGGAGAAGGAACUCUUGAUUGAUCUUGAAAGUCAGACCAGGGAAACCAAGGCAACUCUCCGUGCUCUUCAAACCUCAUGUGAAGAGGAUCAAGCAAAAUGCACCGGGGUUUUAGAUUACAUCAGAAAAAGUGUUAUCUAUGCAUCAAAAUCGGUUCUCCUUCAGCUGGAGAGUUCUGUUGAGGGGAUAACUCGGACAUGCCUAGAAACUGCUGCACCUCAAACACACGAUGUACCCACAGCUGCCUUCAACAACAACGGCUUGUCUAAACUGAAAUCAGAUAUGUCUGCAUUUGGUACCAUCACUGCUUCAAAAGAAGAGAUAGUAGACACAGGUGAUGAUAAGCAAACACAGACUGAUGAUGACUAUUUGGCGGACCUGGAACAGAAACACGAAAUGGAACUUCCAGAACUGGAAUCAGAUAUUGCUUCAGAUUUGGAGAGAAUUGAAAUACUUCAAGCCCUAACGGACAAAUUGAAUGAUGAAGCAAACAACAUAAACUUGACGCUAGCUGAGAAAGACGAAACCUGUAAGAUCGCCUCAGAGACCAUUGGCCGUCUACAAACAUCCUUGAUUGGUUUCCCUACUGAAGGCUGUGUUCACCUGAUGAAGACAGGUGUAGCGGACAGAUGCAUGGUCCUGCAUUGUAUACAUCUGAAGUAUGACAAAGACAGAGUCAAUCUCGACACAGUCCACAUCAACACAGAAGGAGACCUGGUCAACAGGAAGUCGGGCACCAGACCUGCAGGGGAGGGGAGACUGAAGGAGUAUGAUGGCACAUGUAGCACUGCCCCCCUCCCCCGGGCUGGUUGUCCCCAGUACUGGGAGAUGGUGUCUAGGGUCAGUCUGGACAAACCACUCACAGAGGACGACCUCAUCCUGGAGUUGGGUGUGUGUGGGGAGGAGCAGAGGGACGUGUAUCAUUGUAUCAAUGGAGAACCCAGCUCCUGCUGUAUGCUGGUCACCCAGUGUCCUACACACGGCGGGAUAUGCAGGGAGACAUGGAAGGAGGGGAAGCGUGUGCUGUGUCUGCCUGACACUCUCCCCAACACAGCAGGGGCAUCACACACACUACAUUACGGUGUUGUCUAUGAUGACGCCAGGAAGAAGAUUGUCUUCAUUGAUGUGAAGGAGAAUAGAGUGAUGUCGACGUUAGACAAUGUAGACUCUAGUCAGCCACUGUGGCCGAUGUUCGGGGUGUAUAACUCACAUCUCCUCACUGUCAGCAUAGCACUUGUAGUGGGCAGCGACAUCAACAUGACAGAGGAGAAGAAAGCAACGAUUGUCAAGGCGUUGUCGUGAUGGUGACAAUGAUUGUCAAGGCGUUGUCGUGAUGGUGACAAUGAUUGUCAAGGGCUGUCGUGAUGGUGACAAUGAUUGUCAAGGCGUUGUCGUGAUGGUGACCAUGAUUGUCAAGGCAUUGUCGUGAUGGUGACAAUGAUUGUCAAGGCGCUAUCGAGAUAGUGACAAUGAUUUUCAAGGUGCUGUCGUGAUAGUGACAAUGGUUUUCAAGGCGUUAUCAUGAUGGUGACAAUGAUUGUCAAGGCCCUCUCGUGAUGGUGACAAUGAUUGUCAAGGCACUGUCGUGAUGGUGACAAUGAUUGUCAAGGUGCUGUCAAGGGUGUCUUUAGUGUGUUCUUAUAUCAAUCCUGUGAUUGUGUCUCCACCAUUGCUUACACAGUGCUCUGCAUUCGAUGUUAGUCGAGGUCAGACUCGUUACACCUGCCACUAACUUAUAGAUUUUGGUCCAGAAUCUGAACUCUCAUCAGAUGGAAAACAACCAAACUCACCACACACUGACGAUCCUUUCGCUCAAACAGAAGCUUGAAUGACGAGUGGAUUACAGAUUUUACGAACACUUCCAGACUCUUCCAGACUGUAUUUUUUAGAUAGAGACUUGAGAGAACACGAUUGACCGUAGCCUUACUACAAGUUGUGACCACAAGCUACAAGGUUGCCCUGUGUGUUUAGUAAGCCUGCCCUUACAAAAGGCAAGUCUAGAUAAGUGAACUGUACGCCAGUCUUGCAGGGACAACUUGUUCUUAUUACUUAUAUAAUCUAGAAAUAAACAAAUAAGUCUGAACACAUGAAAUGAGCUACAUGUAUUUUACUCACUCACUCACCCACUCACCCACUCACCCACUCACUCACUCGCCCACUCACUAACUCGCUCACUCACUCACUCACCCACUCAUCCACUAACUCGCUUACUCACCAAGCCACUCAACUCACUCUCAUUCACUCGUUCAUCUUUGUCGACUGUAAUUAUUUCCCAUAAAGCACAUUUACUCGACGAAAGAUGGUUUUUUUUAUGGAAUAAUAAUCACUGAUCAAGUGAUAACUAGAAAUACCAGCUUUGUAAUAUUUAUUGUCCGAAUAAAAAUAUGUUCUUUAUUGUAAUUAAUGGUUAUUUUGUAACUGUGGUGUUAAACAACACACCCACUCACCCACUCACCCACUCACCAGCUCGCUUGCUCACCAAACCACUCAACUCACUCUCAUUCACUCGCUCAUUUUUUAUCAAUAUAUGUCGACUGUAAUUAUUUCCCAUUAAACACAGUUACGCGAC